UGGAAGUGUUCAUCCCCACACGAGCAAAAGCAUCCUCCAGGCUUUGAAGUAAUCACCUCCACACUGUCAGAUACUGUUCCACAAGUUCAAAAAGUUCUCACCACUGAUGGUAGGGAGUGUAAGUUUCCGUUUAGGUUGGGUGGAACUCUUUAUCAUCAGUGCAUUUCUGUGAACUCUGGCAGAAAGUGGUGCUCUCUGACGCACAACUUUGACCGGGACAUGAAGUGGGGCUACUGCGCUUCAAGAUCUCGCCUCUUUAACUCUUUUCUCCACAACCUCAGUGACCUAAACCUGUGUAAACCAAACCCAUGUAGGAACGGCGGAGUGUGUACUGCUGUACCUUACCGGCAAUCGUUUGAGUGUGUGUGUCCGAAUCCUUUCACAGGAAACAAGUGUGAACUGAAUAAGUGCUAUGAGCCUCUGCACCUACGCUAUUAUAAUAUCGGAGAAUCUUGGGGACGAAUCGACCAGCAUAUUGUAGAGCAGUGCAAGUGUCUGAGAGACGGCCUGUACUGCGAGCGUGCACGAUACACAGCAUGUCGGACUAAUCCAUGUCAGAAUGAUGGUACCUGCAGACUAAUUGAAGCUACAGGAGAGGAAGUGUGUGCAUGCAGACCCAAAUACAGCGGCCCAGACUGCAGCAUCUCGCUAGCGGAACGUUGCUAUGAGGACACCGGCGUACACUAUCGUGGCACUGCUAACACCACCAUUUCUGGCGCCCUCUGCCUGCCCUGGAACUCAGACAUGAUGUACAACGAGCUGACCGUGGAUACAGUGAAUGGUGCCCUUUUAAAAGGACUUGGGGAUCAUGCGUUCUGCAGGAACCCUGAUAAUGACAAGAAGCCAUGGUGCUACAAGAUGAAUGAUGGAGUGAUUUCCUGGCAGUACUGCAACGUGCCAUCCUGUUCCAAAGGUUCAGAAACUCCAACAUCCAGUAAAACGUCCAGUACGUUUUCCACUCGAAACUCUUCUCCAACCCCCAAACCCGUUCCAAAGCCCAACUGUGGUCAAAGGCAACUGAAGCGGAUAUCUCGGGGUCGGAUUCUGGGUGGCACAUCAGCGAUGCCCGGCUCUCACCCCUGGAUGGCAGCACUGUACAUCGGUGAAGAGUUUUGUGCCGGCAGCCUGGUUGCAUCUUGCUGGGUGGUUUCUGCUGCUCACUGCUUUCUACGCAAUCCGUUACCUUCGACAGUGCGUGUAGUGCUUGGUCAACAAGUCGUUAACGAUACGGGACCCAACACUCGGACGUUUGGCAUAGAAAAGUACAUGACACACCCCCAACACAAUCAAUUCAGCCCAACAGUGCACGAUAUUGUUUUAGUAAAGCUGAAAAAGGUUGAUGGACGAUGUACUCGUAAGACCAAGUUCAUUCGGCAGAUUUGUCUGCCAGAUAAGCUCAUGACUUUCCCUGACUACACUUGCUGCACCAUCACUGGUUGGGGACAUAUGCAGGAGAAAGGAGACUCGUACUCAACACUAACAGAGGGAAUAGUGAAGCUCAUUCCAUAUGAGAGGUGUUCCUCUCCAGAGGUGUAUGGAUCAGAAGUGAGACCAGGAAUGCUGUGCGCAGGAAGCGACACCUGCGUAGACGCCUGCCAGGGGGACUCAGGUGGGCCGUUGGCAUGUGUACAGAAUGAUGUAAGUUUUCUGUAUGGUAUUAUUAGCUGGGGCGAUGGCUGCGGCAGAACAGGGAAACCAGGCGUCUACACCAGAGUUACAGAAUAUGUCAGCUGGAUCAAUCAAGUAAUAAAACGCAGUAAACCCUCCAGAAGGAAAGGAUUAUUUUAUGUCUAGAUUAUAUCUUUAUUGCUAUUGUGUUCAAACCGAACUGUGAAAAAUGUUGUAUGUAAUAAAACAUAU